CUUUAUGUUCGGAAAUGGGUGUGUAUCAAAAUUUGACUUCGAGUUAAUUUCGCGGAACUGCGUUGCGUUUCAUUGAAUAACUUCUCGUAUUUCUCUCGUGAAAAACGAUUAUAUUGAGAUAAUGGUGGUCAUGUGCACUCCUGUUCUCUCUGCUGCUGGAGAUAACAUCUCAAGUGCGGCGGAUAUGCGGUAUGAUCUUCCGGCUUCCGUUUGUCCUGGGCAGCAAAUGCUUUAAACGCAUUUGUUCCGCGCCUAAUCGUUUGAAGAAGAAAGUCUCAAAGCGUCACGGACAACACUUCGCCCAUUGUUUGUUCCUCAUCGCCUUCGUUUCCUCGUUCGUUUGGUUCUCCCUGAGAACUCUUAAUGACGAACAUGCCAAUGAUUUCGAUCCCUUUGAAAGAUACGGGGUAUUUAUUGCAAUUUUUCUUUACUUCUGUCGUAUGAUACCACUUUUAGCCUUGCCAAAUGUUCUAUUCAACCUAGCGGGUCAGAUUCGUUACUGCAUUUUUUCUGAACCUGUCGUUCAGUUGAGUUUAAUGCCUCCAAACCCACCGCACAUGAGAAUUCGGGUGGUUACUCGCGGUGACUUUCCUGAUCUCGUGAAGCGGAACGUUUCCAGGAAUGUAUCGACUUGUGUGUCCGCCGGCAUUCCGAAUUUUGCUGUCGAAGUCGUCACAGACAAUGCCAUUAGUAUCUCGCCAUUGUCAAGUCAUCCCACUGUUCGCUUACGUGAGAUUGUUGUUCCGCCGAGCUACAAGCCAAAAUCUGGUGCGCUUUUUAAAGCUCGCGCGUUGCAAUACUGCUUGGAAAACGGUGUGAAUCAGCUCGAUGACGACGAUUGGAUUGUGCAUUUGGAUGAAGAAACAGUGAUGACGGAAAAUGCUGCCCGUGGAAUCUUCAAUUUUAUCGUCAACGGAAAGGCUAAAAUCGGCCAAGGUGUUAUCACAUAUGCGAAUGAAGAAAUUGUGAGUUGGAUAACGACCCUAGCGGAUUUGGUUCGUGUCGCUGAGGAUGUUGGGAAGUACAAGUUCCAGUUCAAGAACUUCGAAAAGCCCUUAUUUGGUAUGAAGGGUUCCUAUGUAGUUACUCAGGUUGCUACAGAGCGUGCUGUGAGCUUCGACAACGGUAAAGAUGGAUCUGUCGCGGAGGAUUGCUAUUUUGCGCUUAUUGCUUCCGCAAAAGGUGUUAAAUUUGGCUUUAUAGAAGGAGAGAUGUGGGAAAAGUCGCCUUUUUCGUUUUAUGAUUUCCUCCAGCAAAGGAAACGGUGGAUUCAAGGGAUUUCCCUUGUUGUCCAUAGCUCAAAGGUUCCUAUGUCGGUGAAAUUCUUGCUGGCGCUGAACCUGUACGUGUGGAUUUGCCUCCCGUUGUGUACAUCCAACAUUGUACUGGCAGGUAUCGCUCCCGUCCCAUUACAUCCGGUCGUCAGCUUUCUUCUGGCUUUAGUUGGAGCAGGAAAUCUAUACAUGUAUCCGUGCGGGUUUUUUAGAGCCUUUCCUGUGAAACGACUCGGCAUUUUUCGUGCUGUAGCUUGUCUCUGUGGACUUGUUUUGGUUAUCCCGAUGAACGUUAUUGUUGAGAACAUUGCCGUAAUAUGGGGCAUCUUUGGCUAUAAGUACAAGUUUUACGUUGUCAAGAAGGAGCCGAUUUCGCAGGUCCUUGUGCAAGUAUGAUCUUUACUGCAUUCCGUCGAGUUAUUCUCACAUUUUCUUGAGAGGCUGUGAGAGCGUUUAAUCGAAGGAAGCUCUCGCGUUUCCUCCGGUUUUUUUUUUUUUUUUGCACAGACGGAGCUUAAGUUUUGAAGUCAUUGUUUGUAACGGUCUUUUUUUUGGCAUGGUAUUGCCGCGUGGUUUUUGUGAUUGAAUGUGUGCGCACUCCUUCGGGACCUCAUGAUGCCGUUGGUAUGAUGCAUUCUUUUUCAUAGAUUCGGAGUUAGGCAUUGAAAUGUUGAGAUCAUGUGAGCGAAAGCUAGUCAGAAUUUUCUUUCUGAAGCGUGUACUUUGUUCAUAAACCUGUUGGCCCCAUGCUUUGUGUCGCUCAUUUCCGGAUCGAGCACACUUUUGAGUUCUGUUCUCCUUGUGAUUCGAAUAUGCAGUGUCUUUUUAACUGUUGAAACUGCUCGACCUGGGAGAAUUUAGUGAAACUGCCACAUCAUUCUGAACAAAAACGUAAUUUUCAGUGAUUUUCUGAAAAUUUACGAGAAUAAAUGAGCAAAAGUAUACUUGAAUUUCACGCAAGAAAAAGCUCCGCAGAAGAAUCUUUGAAGUCUUCGUAGAAUUGUCUCCUCACAUGAGGUAUUCACUAUCUUGGAUUCGUUUUAGGCAUUUCCGAUUUUUUCGUGCAUUUACAUACAGGUAUUCUGAAUCCCCCCCUUUUUUUUUUAAAUCAAGACAGAACGGCUUGCUCGAAUUCAAAUCUGCGCUAAAGAAGUACUGUCAUUUAUUUUAUUGUCCGCAUGUAUGGUGACACAAGUAUGAGAAAUGUUUGAUAUUUUUUCGCGUGAACUGUGUCACAAGUACUUGAAUAUGAAAGCACAUCGGUUAGUCAACUCAUGUUGUGCUUACUCGCGAUCAUCUGAUACUGAACGGAAUCUGAAGUUGCUGUCGCGUCCUCGCACUCAUUAAAUUAUAGUGAAGUUA